AUGGGAAAGCGAAAGAAGUCAUGCACCGGUGAUGUGGAGUUGAAAAUAAAAGAUGAGAAAAUAAAACCAAGUUUAUUUGGAGAGACACCUUAUAAAACAAUACCUAAAAAGACUAAAAAACUCACGAAUUUUAAAAAUUCUCUUGAACAUAAACUUGUAGCAGAAAAGAAUGGGAACGUUGAUGAAUCUAAACCCAUACAAUUAUCUACGAAACAAAGUUAUGAUAUCUCAAAAACAGAUAGAGAUUUAGUUAACAACCAUUUUACAGCUAAAGUAUCCGAAGACUCGAAUUUGCUUAUAUCUUCACAAUAUCACAUAGCUAAAGUUAAAAGGAAAAAUAAAAACGGCGAAAUAAGGCAAAAUAAAAAAAUCAAAUUUACUGAUGAUGAGCCCGUCGAAGUUGAUAGUCAAAAUACUCAGCUAAGAAAAAUGAAAGAUACGAAGUUGUUACAGGAAGAUGAUGUUAAAGAUGAAGAUAUUGAUAAAUUCUGCGAUGAAUUAACGGAGGAGGAUAAUAAGCAGUACGAAAAUUGGAUCGAACUAUUAGAAGCCAAGCUUAGCAGUAAUAAAAAGAAACUUAAAUGA